AUGCAUCUUCUGCCUUUGGAAUUGCAUAUUCUGGUUCAAAGCUUUCUUGAGCCCCGCGAUAUCAUCUCGCUCAGAAUGACCUCCAAACUCCUAUAUCUGUCUACACAACAACGGACAGUCUGGUUAACUGCCCUACAUCGCGUUUGCGAGGAUCAUGCACUCUUCGAGCCCAGUUUCCCUACGAAAAACAUGUCCACCAAAGAACUUGAAUAUGCUGCUUUGUCCCCUGCUCGCGUUUCGGCUCGGAUGAAGAAAGGCUUGAAUGAAACGAAAAUUGCCCCUUGGAAAGAUCAGCCGUUUCGGGCUUUGUUGUCAGAGAAUCUUAAUCGCGUUACACUUCGAGUUAUCCCCGGAGGCCGAUAUCUACUGACGGGCUCCAUUGGUGUCGGAGUGUCUUUAUGGGACCUUGGGACGAAUCCUACCUCUGAAAUGCCAAAGGUUCCAAUGGCGACUACUAUCGUCAGGAAUAUCGGCCUAAUUGACACGAGCCCAACUUCAGAUGGCCUCGGAAUACUUGUAACGACAUAUUUUGUCGAUGAUGGGUUCUCGACACACAUUAUUGUGUAUGAAAUCUAUCCAUCGGCAGCGCAACCCCAGUUCUGUCGUAAAGGAGAAUUAAAUUUGAAUGGCAUGAAUAUGAUUCACUCUCUGACGGGAUAUCAUUUCGUCUCGCUGGAUCAGAACUGCAUGCUUACGUUCUGGGAUAUCAAAUAUAACAAGUCUUUUACCUGGGAUGCCCCCUUCGAGAUAGAAGAAGUGCGCAACUAUUUCUAG